ACCCCCACCAGACUCCCAAACUCCAGGUUGUUACAGCUUGGUCCUCCCUCUGUACCCCUUCGGCCGCGGGUGGCAGUGAGCCGACAUUUCCUGUUCCUGGAAGUGGAGUCGGACAACAAAGUAACUACAAUGGUGUAUGCUACAUGAUUCUGAAGACAGAAGGAGUUAAUGCACAUCUUGCUGUCUCUCCAGAGCACAUAACUUGAAAGAUUUUUAUAAUGGCUGCAGCUCCUCAGGCACCAGGGAGGGGCUCGGUUCGGAAGACAAGACCUUUAACUGUAAAGACAUCAUUGAACAACCCGUAUACUAUCUGCUGGAGUGCUCUGGAUAGAGAGGAUUUGCACUUCAUCUUACAGACACUUGAAGACAGAUUUAAAUCAAUUGGACUUGAGAAAAUUGAGAAUAAGAAAAGAAGUAAAAAGCAGUUUUUUAAAAAACAAGGCAGAGACAAAUGUAGCAUAGAUGUUCAUAUGAGUGAAGAUCUGAAGGAGAAAAAAACAGAAGAUAACGAACAAGUAUCAGGGUGGACUUCUGUCCAUGUGAGGAAGCAGCUUGCCAUUGGCGUUAAUGAAGUCACCAGGGCUCUGGAAAGAAACGAACUGCUUUUGGUUCUAGUGUGUAAGUCAGUCAAGCCUGCGAUCAUCACCUCACACCUGAUUCAGUUAAGUUUAAGCAGAACGGUUCCUGCUUGUCAGGUUCCCCGUCUCAGUGAGAGAAUUGCGCCUGUUAUUGGCUUAAAAUGUGUCCUGGCUUUGGGAUUCAAAAAGAACACCACUGACUUUGUCAAUGAAGUGAAAGCUAUAAUCCCCAGAGUACCCACUUUAAAUGUACCAUGGCUCCAGGACAGACUUGAAGACUCCAGGGAAAAUUCAGAGUCCGAAUCUUUGGAAAGCCAAGGCAAAGAGAUUUGGGACACUUCCUUUGAAGACCUCUCUAAACAUAAGAGAAAGUUCACCGAAGGUCAGCAGGCUGCAGUGCUACAACCCCUUAAAAUAAAGAAACUAAUUCCAAACCCUAAUAAAAAAAGAAAACCACCCAAAAGUAAAAAAAUUACUUCGAAGUAAUCAUGUAUAAACUUGUCACUUCAUACAAUUGGAAAAUGACACCUUGUAAAAAGAAACCUUGAAGCUAAUAAACUGAAUUACUUUUA